GUCUCUUUCCAUCUGUGUGAUCUUAGAUCUGAUCCCUCCAGAAGCUAAACAUUGACACACUUCCUGCAACAUCUUCCCUUUCUGAGAGACGGAUCGGAUGUGUAACCCUUUUUUUUUCUCCUUUUAAACCGAUGUGUAACCUCUGACUACAGCAACCCUCAUUAAAUCCUCUCCUCUCUUCUCUGUCUACAGAAGCAGCAGCAGAAGACCUGAGACUACCUCAUUGAGGCACUCCAAGGUUGAGAGAUCUUGCGGAGGAGAAGCACCAUGCUGAGGCAGGUGUCCAGUAGGAACCAGAGAGGAAAAGGGGGCUUCAAGACGAAGAAUGUUCUUCACGUCUGCCUCUUGGUUGCCAUCUGCGUCUGGUUGCUCUAUCAGAUGAAGCACUCUCACGACAAGAAGAAGGCAUACGAGGAAAGGGUGUCAAAGCUCUCAUUCAAGGGCGGGGAGAAGCGACUUGACCUCGCAAGUUUCGGUAGGAAGUAUCUCCCGCACACGGUCGAGACAGAACCUAUACGUGAGUCACAGAUCGAGGAAGAAGAUGAUGAGAAGGUAGAGCAUGAAAUCAGGCGUGAAGAAGCCGGUGAUGAAGAGGAAAGCGGUGCUGGAGAUCACGAGAUAGACGGAAAAGAUCAAGAGGGAUCCCAGAGGGAAUCUGAGCAUGGAGAAGAAGUUACUGCUGCUCAUGAAGAAGGGAACAAGGAGGAUCGAACAAAGGGAGUGGAUGGUCUUCAAGAUCGAGAUCAUGAAGAGGCGUCGCACAAGGCUCGAGAGAUGAGUUUUAGAGGUGAUGAUGCUUCCAGUGAGGUGGUCCAUAUCACCCAACAAGUAGAGCACGAAGAAGGGUUGCAGGAGGCACGGGAGAGGAGUUUUAAGGGCGAUGAUGCAUCCAGUGCUGUGGCUCAUGUGCCUCAAGCGAACGAGCCAGUAUCGGAAUCUGAAGAUGGAGGAUCGAGGAACCUGGAUGAGCCUGGAUCACAGAGAACAGAGACAAAAGAUGGAGAGAUUCAAGAUGAAGAUUCAAGUGCUCUCACUCAGCUUGAUGAUUCAACAGGAAAUGAUUCGACUGCCAUUCCACGAGGAAGUGAGCCUUCACAUAACAACACUGUCUUCACGAGAGUUGUGUCUCCCCAAAAAACGACCACCGGCGGCGAAUCUGAAACUCACAAGAAGCAGCAGCAGCCUGAUCUAAUUAUCAUGAGUGUCAUCAACAACCAAACAGACAGCGAGAGACACUCAACAAACAUGACGGGCAAUGUAGUUCGAUCGCAGACAAAUUCGACAUCUUUUUCGACAAAUCAGAUCAAUUUUCUGAAGAAUUCUACUGCAGUAUCCAUAGAUGGGGUUGCAGCUAAGGCCAACCUGACAGCAAAGUGGGAUGCAAAUAAUGUCACGGCGUCACAAAAUCAAACGACUUCCACGCAUUCAGUCGAUGGACGAACUAAUACAGUUGAGCUAGAAACACAGGAACCGAUAGAGAAGAACAUCACGGUUGCCAAGCCAGAGGAAUCUGAAGAGAGCUACAAGAAUUCUUCAGCGACAAAUGAGAAAGUUGUUCAAGGCAAUUCAGUGCAUAGUUUGGUCCAUGGAGAUGCAAAUUUGCCAGGCAUCCAAAACGGAGUACACAAAGAGGCAGCUGCCGAGACAUAAUAGGAAUGGAAGGUGGAUGGAUCUUUAACAGUGUAAUUGGCUGUCUCGUAAUUGUCAUUCGAUCUCUUUUCUUGCUUCCUGAAGCUAUUAGAGUCACUUCUGUUUUCCUCCAUUAUUAUGCUGCUGGUUUCUGCUAGCAAAUGGUUAAUUCCAGGGUGUGCUGUGGGUUAACAGUGA